AUGAAACGCAGCAAAACAACGGUCUUAACAUUCGCGGAGAAAUGCAAGAAUAUACUGGCAUCAAAUUGGCAAGGUUCUCUUAAUACUAUCAAAGUAGAUGCCAAAGGAAGCAAAGGAGAUAUCCAUACAUCUAAGAUUAAGUAUAUACUUAGAAGAGGGCAGCCAUACCUUUGGGUGCCAGAAAAUGAUUUGCAUAAUAUGAACAAUAUCAUUGACGAGCGUGGUUCAUUUGCUGUGACUAGUCCCUUUCCAGGCCGACUAGGAGUCAUCUUGAAAUCAUUGAAAAAGUUACCAGCAAGGGUUGCUUUAUCUGGAGAUGUUCUUCCUCUCAAAGAAGAUAAGGCAAAGUCACUUGGAGAAAAACUUAACAAAAUCAUACUAUCUGAGCAAAAGGCAACUGAAGAGUUCAGUUACAGUGUUUCUGAAGUACUAAAUUCUAGUGGUAGCAGUACAUCGCGAAGUGAUAAUCUUCAGGAACUAUUGGGAGACACCGAAAAAUAUUCUGUAUAUAGAUUUAAAACAAGAUCAUGCACAUUUAUUGAUGGCCAUGGAAGCACAUUUGACGUGGAUGUUGAAAAUUUAGGAACAUCCAAAGCCGAUCUAUUAGCUCCAUUUUCAGCAAAGCUGAUUGACGGGAUUAACCAAAGUGAGACUAGGCGUAGAGCCCUCGUGCUUUUAUGUUUUGUUUACAUGAAUGCCAAUGCAAAGGAUGCUUACGUAACAUCGGUUGAUCGCAAGGGGUUUGAUGUGCUGGCAAAAGUUACUGGUCCAGUUUCGAAGGAUGGUGUUGGCGAGUACCAAUGGAAAGAGUUCAGGUUCAUGUUCGAGCGAGAGGCAAACGAUGUUGAAAUGUUCUGCAUUCAACUAGUUGAAAUGGAAGAGGAGGUCAUCAAGAAGGUUUCAGUCUCUAGUGGACUAAACUAA